AUGCACCAAGUUCUGGAAGGCAUGGGCAUAGGCAAGCCAGCGAAUACAGUAGACAAAAAGGAUAACACCAAGGGGAGUACGCCAAAGGACGUACCACAGUCAGGCCAAAAGGACGUGUUCAGGAUCCCCAACUUUGCGCGGUCCCCGAACCCAGCCAAAGAAUCAUGGCAAGGCACUCCUCCCUCCAGCGCAUCUCCAAACCCACAUAUCCGCCGCGUAGCAGCCUCCAGCCCACCCAUGCCCUCCCCAAAAACAAUCAUCUACAUAACCCUCCUCAUCGCCGUCCUCACAAACCCUACAAUCGCAAAGCCAAUCUCCCCUUUUGCUCCCGGUCUCGCCCGCCCCCGCAGCAUCUCCCACACAACUACCGCCACCACUACCAUCACCACCAUGUCCACCGACAACGCCGCCCUGGCCGGCAAAAUCUUCUCCUGGAUGAGCACCUUCCUCUACCUCGGCUCCCGGCUUCCCCAACUCUACAUGAACCAAGUCCGCAAAUCCACAGCAGGCCUCUCGCCCGCCCUCUUCGCCGCCGCCUUCUUCGGCAACCUCUUCUACUCCUCCUCCCUCGCCACAAACCCCUGCGCCUGGCGCGAUUUCGCACCCGGCCAAGGCGCCGGCUGGGUCGGCCCCGAAGGCAGCAACCGCGAGAGCUGGAUUCUACGUGCCUCACCUUUUUUCCUCGGUGCCGCAGGCGUCCUCCUCAUGGAUGCAGCCGUAGGCCUCCAGUUCUGGUUCUUCGGCGAUGACGUGCUGCCACGUGGCAGAUUGCAGUUUCCCCGCGACGACGAGGUCGUCAUUACGGUCGAUGAGAAUGGCAAGCUUGUUCGCAAGAGUCUGCAUUGGCGCAGGGUCAGUGGCUGGAUGAGGGGUUGGGCGCCUGCUGUUAGCGUCGCGGCUACCCCCAAUGUCAGUCGUGCGGUUACCCCGAUGGAUUCGCCGCGUGAUACUAGUCCUGCGGGUAGUGUGGGCAGUGCCGCAAGUAGCAGUCAGAGUAUUCCGAUUAAAGGGCGAGGAAAUGCGUUGGAUGAGGCUAGGGCAUUGCUGGGGACCAGUAGGCAUGCUAGUCCGAGGAGUUAUGGGGCCGUGGGGAGUCCCAGGUAG